CCAACAACAACGUAAAUCAUGGCGUUGGACAUUUCAACGAGGUACACUACGUGAACAAGAACGAUUAUCAUCAUGGAAAAAUACAUCACCACCUUCGUCACAACGAUCAACAGAAAAACAAGAGCAAAAAGGACAAGCAGAUCAAGUGAGAUAUUCAUAUGUCGUGAGGACUCAUGUCUUGUUGAAUUGUAAUGCGAAGUAUUACUUAUUUCACGAUAAUAAUUUAAAGAAGCCUCAACUUCAG